UUUUGCAAAGUUACUUACAGAAGGGUAAAUCUUAUCGCUCAGGUGCAGCCAGGAGUUCUGUAUUUUUAAGUCACAGCGGCCACCAUCAUCAUGUCUGUCAUUGGAGUUACAGGGACAAAGGAGAAUCAAAAGGAAGCAGGCGGCAGAGGGAAUGAAGCAUUUGUUGAUGAUGAAGAUAUUCUAGUCAGCGCUUCAACUGAGCAGACUGAUACUUCAGUGAUUUCCAAACAAAGGCACAAGCGCAAGGAUACCAAUACGUCCUACCAGGCAGCGGAUCAGUCAUCAGAAGUGACAGAUGUCAAGGUGACAGUGAUUGAUGAAUCAGAUAAAUCGCCUGAUAAGGAGGUAGAUGACACUACACACCAAGGGGACACUUCUCAGAGGAGUGACGACCAAAGCAACGUUACAAGUAAAACCGAAAAGACCACAGAUCACCACGAUGCCGGUGAGGAAGGAGACCAACAGUCGCACAACACCGACACAAGCUGUGGGCCAACUGCAGACAACCGCGACCCAGAAAAUGGCCAGAAAAGUUCAGAAACCCCCGGCCUCGAGAAGCGUUUUGCCACUCACAUCAUCGCCGUUAUCUGUCUCCUACUUUGCAUCAGUGCCUGCAUAGUCGAUAUUGUCAAAAUAUUUCUCUCAGUCUCAUGCCUCUGGGGUCUCUCACCCGAUGUGGGUGAUAGAAACUUCACAGUUCAUGCAAAAAGGAACAAAAAUGUCACUUGUGACCCGUACGAAUCCCAGGAAAACAUACCAUACAAUCUAAUUGACCUCCUACUUUCGUUACAACCGAUCGUUGUAAUAGUUCUCUGGAAGUACGGAGACAUUGCUGCGAGAAUAGACAAAUACGAGAAAAAGAGGUUGAACAAAAAAGCCAAAAAAGAGCAGUACUACCGCCGGCGUCGCACCGGUUAUUUCGUUAUGAUUACUAUAUCCCUGUUUUUCCUUCUUCACUGUAUAGAGUGUGCAACCUGCUCAUUUUCAAGUUCAACCAUUUUCUUUGGCACAUUGGUGCGGGCUAUACCUAAAAAGUUUUGCCCGUGGCUAAGCCUUCUGUUCCAUCUCGUAUUCCCAGCAUACUGCCUGUACUGCUGGUACGCCACCAAAAUGGCGUGUGUGCUCCGUCGUCGAGCGGACUACAUCCAAAAAUUCAUUGGCGAGAGAUCUUCCACCAUUUUCGAUAAACACGUGCGGCAUCCUGAUGUCAUUCUGAGCGAGCUUAACGACAACAUUUUCCAUGACGAUUGGCACAGCGAGGUUUGGGAGAACAUUUCGUUCCUCAUGAACAUCAUGAUGUUUUUCAGUGCGACGUUGGUACUGCUAUACACCCACGUUUACGUAUCCGAAGUCCGCCUUACGCUAGGAGAGUGGGCAACUCACUUCAUGCGGCUUGUUGCAAUAGCUACCCUCUCCGUUACACCGUACAUACAUGUCGCGUUUGCCUGCGUUCGUGUAACCGAAGCGUACAGCUACAUCACGGAGAGCAUGAGUAGCGCAUUCCAAGAGUCAUACAGUCCUCAUUCGGUCCAAGAAUCGCACGAAAAUUCCUUAGACAUUUCGCAGGAACCUGAUAUUGAGAUUCACAGUCCAAGAACUCGGAAGAAGAGUGGAGACGGGCAAAAGAUGCUCGAACGACUGGAGUAUCUGAUCCAAUGGCAAUUCCUACAGAGUAAGGUGUAUAAAAAGUGUAAAGACGGGUUGACAUCUGGAAUAUUGGGUACGUCAUACACUACCCGCAGCGGUGUCCACUUGGCUGCGCUGGGCGUCAUCUUUGCUAUGACAUGGGAAGUUCUGGACCGUUUCAAUGACUUUGACGUGGAGAGAGCAAUGGCGCUCGGGAACACGAGACAAGAAGCUUUCAUAGUGACUCUCUUUGGUGUUCUUGCCUUUCUGCUUUGGAUCUCAGUUUUGAGUAUCCUUUUGUGCUACCGUUUGAAGCCCAAGAUGUGUGAUUGCACGAAGUGUACAUGUCUUGCACCACAUGCAGUAUACAGAAGACUAGGCCUGUGCAUACUGCUUACAAUUCUUUACUUCGUUAUCAUGUACGUGUCUUUCUAUUUGGUUGUUUAUCAGGAUAAUUACUGUUCCAGUUCGUCCAACCCUCUGUUUACAUGACAAAACAAGAACUAACACAAGAUGUACAUCUUAAGCAAUA